AUGUCUGCAAAAACCAAUGCCACCGUCGAGGGCGGAGUCAACAAAGGCGACACCUUUCAAAAACCCCCACCAUCCACAUUCCCCUCCUACCAAAAGCCUCCACUGAGCACCCUGAUCAACUGCGACGACUUUGAAGAAGUGGCGAAAAACACGCUCGCCAAAAAGACAUGGGCCUUUUACAGUUCGGCGGCAACGGAUUGCUAUACCUAUGAGAGGAACAGGAGUUUCUUUAGCCGUAUCUGGUUCAGACCCCGCAUCUUGAGGAACGUCAGUGAGAUUGAUACCACGACGACGAUUCUGGGGCAUGGGGUUGGUGUGCCGUUCAUGGUGCAUCCGGCCGCGUUGGUCAAGUUGGUGCAUCCGGAUGGUGAAAAGGGGAUUGCAAGAGGUUUGAGCAAAGAAAAUGUGCCAUACUGUGUGUCCAGCAAUGCUUCAUACCCCAUCGACGAAGUCGUUUCGUCGGUACAAAAAGGCCAGCCCUUCUUCUUCCAACUCUACGUAAACAAGGACCGCAAGCAAUCAGAAAAACUCCUCAAGCGAGUCCGCGCCGCCGGCUGCUCGGCCGUCUUCGUCACAGUCGACGCACCCGUACCCGGCAAACGCGAGGCCGACGAAAGGGUCUCUGCAGACCCCAGCACAAACGCACCAAUGUCGGGCGCCAAAGCCGUCAAUGACAAGAAAGGCGGCGGCUUGGGCAGAAUCAUGGGUAAUUACAUUGACAGCAGUUUGAGUUGGGACGACAUGCAGUGGCUGCGUCGUUGCUGGGACGGCAAGAUUGUGCUCAAGGGCAUCCAGAGUGCAGAGGAUGCAAAGCUGGCUGCCGAUGCUGGUGUCGACGGUAUCGUGUUGAGCAACCACGGUGGCAGGAGUUUAGACACUUCGCCACCCUCGGUCAUGAUCUUGCUCGAGUGCCAACGCCGUUGUCCAGAGAUCUUCGAACGACUGGAGGUCUAUGUCGAUGGCGGAAUCCGUCGAGGCACUGACAUCUUGAAGUGUCUUUGUCUGGGAGCAAAGGCCGUCGGUCUUGGACGACCCUUCUUGUACUCAGUCAACUACGGAGCCGAAGGGGUGGAGCAUAUGGUCGACAUCCUCAAAGACGAGCUAGAGACAAGCAUGAAGUUGGUCGGCAUCAACAACCUCUCAGAGGUGCAUCCUGGUCUGGUCAACAGUCUAGACGUCGACCAUCUAGUGCCUACCGCAGCGGAUCAUCCCUAUGCUAAAUGGAGCCCAACAAGGAGACCAAAGCGGUCGGCACGCUUGUAG